CUUUCGUAGCUUUCUCGCCUCCUCUGGUCUCUUCUCUUAAUAUGCCCUGAUUUAGGGCUUCAAGCCAAGGGGCUUUUCAAGGCCAUCUCGUAAAGAUCCGUUACUUGUGGUGGCGGCGCCAAUGGACGCCCUCCUUACCGGCGCCAUCAUCGCGAAACGUCUUGCGUCUUGCAACAGAGUCGCUCGGGAACGCGCCGUCCGCGCCUUCUCUUCCUGGAUCUGCCGCCAACCUAACGACGCCGUCACGGAUGCCGACCUGAUCAAAGUCUGGAAGGGUCUCUUCUACUGCUUCUGGCACGCAGACAAGCUUCCCGUCCAGGCCGAACUCGCCGGCCGCCUCGCCGCUCUUGUUGAAACCCUGCCUCCGCCCCUUGCCUUCAGAUACUUCGAGGCCUUCCUCGUUACCAUCCGACGGGAGUGGGGUGGCAUCGAUUUCCUACGCCUUGACAAGUUCUACCUUCUUAUUAGGAAGUUCCUACGGCAUGCUUUCUUGCUGCUGAGGAAGAAAGGAUGGGAUCCCGACCUCGUCAGCCGGAUGAUGGGAAUAUUAUUGGAAAAAUCGCUUCUUGCAGGCGACAAUUACUUAGCCAAUGGGGUCAAGUACCAUCUAUCGGAGGCCUUCUUGGACGAGACGAAUGAUCUCCUUCCUCUUCUUGUGGACACACUAGACUUGGUGCUGAAGCCCUUUAUUUUAGUGUUGGAAAAAUCUGCGGAUAGGAUACUUGUGAAUAAGAUAAAGAUAAACAUGUUUGAUCGGUUCCUUGAGAACGGCAGGAAGUUGCUGAAUCUGAUGAAAGCUGGAAGUCAGGUGGAGUUGAACACUGAAGAGGAGAAACUUGGAAAGAUUACUUUGUCGCUAGCACUUUCGAAGAUGUUCUUUGAUGCAGCUUCAGCUUUGGAAACUCUACAAGCAAAUCGGAAAAUUUUGUUUAAUUUGCAUGAAGGUUUUCUUAAGUUGGAGAACGAUUUAGAAAAAUCUGGAGUGCAUAUCUCAGCCGAGUUCUUGGAUAAUGGGUGCUCACAGGAUGUGAGUGGUACCGUGGUUAUAGAAAGCAUUGAGCAGGCUGAAAUUAAGAAUGAAGGUAUUGAAGGUAACCCAGAUGACAAACAAAUUAAGAAGAGGAAGAAACCAAGGGCAUCUUCAGAUGCUGAUCAGAGGAAAAAGAAAAAGACUGAUAAAAUGAAAUCUUUAGAUUCUGUUUCGGAGAGUUAUGUUGUUGAACCAAGUAGUGAGGUCGAUGUAGUUAAUGCUGGGAUUCAGAAUGGGGAUAUGAUGGAAACCCAUGAAACGAUUGAUUUUAAUGAGUCUGUAAUUUCAAACCUGCAGAGACAAUUUGAGAAGGCUGCUGCUGAAGCCAGCAUCCUUAAUGGAAGCGAUCAAAUGAGUGCUUCACCAACCACACCGAUAGCUAAGAUUGCUGUAAAGAAGAGAAGAACAAAGGCUAUAUCUGCAGGAGCCAAUGAAAAUGGAAGCAGUCCUAACUCUGGGAGUAUUACGGGAAAAAGUGGUAAGAAGGUGAGGUUUUCGAUGAAGAGUAACUUGGUCUGGAAGCCAAAUAGCCCUCUGCCUCCACAGAGUUUGAGAUUACCUCCAUCUGUUACUCCAAAAGGUAGUGCUCUUAAGAAGGGCGUUCCUCCAGGACCUAUCAAGGAAACAUCUUCUAAAGUUAAGAAAAUGAAGGCGAAAACAAGCUCGGUAAAGAAGAUCAGGAUUGCUGUUAAGAGUCCUUCAGCCAUCAAGCGCCUUAGAAAGCUGCAAAGUCGCUCUGUGUAGAUUGGCCUGAUUUUGUUGUUUAUGGUUCCAUGCUUUGGAUUUGGCUCUAGACUGGAUCCAACUAGAAGUGAUAUCUUGUUGGUGCUCAUGCUGACGCUGUACAAUAUAACCUUGCAUUUGUGGCUGUUAGCAAAUCACUUGUAUGAACUCCCAAGCACCCCCUGAUCAGUUGCAAAAACACUGUUUUUUAAGAGAAAAGUAUUCAUUUACUUAACCGUCCUAGGAACCAUGAUUCAGCCUAUAUGGAUCCUGUUUCACAUUGGUCAAUUAAGGUGAUCUUUCAGAUGUAAAAAAUCAACUUUGAGCGUUAUUUAUUUGACAGUAUGUUUUCAACUUGACUCGUCCCUUGUAACAUUGGUAAUUUUAAUUGCUGGAUGUUUUUAGACAUCGGCAAUGCGAUUAAGCUAAAGUACAACUGAAUCAUUCAUAAGAAUAAUUAUUUUUGUACCUAAAGCUUAUAGAU